GGACGGUGACGGUCCCCGGCGCGGCGGGCCCGGCGCGGCCGCUGGCGGAGCAUGAGGGAGCCAUGAGCCCGCUGCGGGGGUGGCUGCUGGCCGCGCUGCUCUCGCUCGCCCCGCGGGCAGGUCCUGCCGCGCAGGCCGGAGCUCUGCCGCGGAGGCUCCCGCGGGCCGCAUGGCAGGAAGGGCGGAUGGUCUCCCAAAUCACCCACCCCAGCAGGCUGGUGGGGCAGAGCUCGGGCGGAGAAGUCCCAAAGCAUCAGUUGGACACCAGGGUCAGGCAUGAGCCCGGAGGAGGAGGAGGAGGUGGUGGAGGACCCGGGCUGCACCUGGCACAGGUGAGCUUCAUGGUGCGUGCCUUCGGCUCAGCCUUCACCCUCGAUCUCCAGCUGAACCACCACCUCCUCGCCUCCCACUACGUGGAGCGGCACGUCGGCGCGGGCACCAACAGCAGCCACAGCACGGGCGCGGGCGAGCACUGCUACUACCAGGGCCGGAUCCGAGGGCAGCCCCGCUCCUUCGCCGCUCUCUCCAGCUGCCAGGGCCUGCGCGGGGUGUUCUCGGACGGCCGAGCCACGUACCUGAUCGAGCCCCAGGCGGGCACCGAGCACGGGCAGGACCUUCGACCGCACAUCGUGCAGCGCAUCCCCAGCUGCCCCCGACUGGGCUGCCUCUUCCCUGCACUGAGCCAGCGUGUCCCGGGUGGGAUACCAAAGCUGCGGCGGAGGCGGCAGGUCCGCCGAGCCCAGCACACGGUGCACAGCGAGACCAAGUACAUCGAGCUGGCCGUGGUGAAUGACCAUCAGCUGUUCCUGCAGCUCCGCAAGUCUGUAGUUCUCACCAGCAACUUCGCCAAGUCCGUGGUCAACCUGGCUGACAUGAUCUACAAGGAGCAGCUCAACACCCGCAUCGUGCUGGUGGCCAUGGAGACAUGGGCGGCCGAGGACCGGAUCCGGAUGGGACAAGACUCCCUGGAGACCCUGAACGAGUUUGUGAAGUACCGGCGCGAUGGGCUGGCAGAGCACAGUGACACCGUGCACCUCUUCUCGGGUCGGACGUUCCAGAGCAGCCGCAGCGGCACCGCCUUUGUCGGGGGCAUCUGCUCCCCUGCCCGCGCCGGCGGCGUCAACGAGUACGGCAACGUGGCGGCCAUGGCGGUGACACUGGCACAGACACUGGGGCAGAACGUGGGCAUGAUGUGGAACAAGCACCGCACGGCCGCAGGGGACUGCCGCUGUCCGGACUCGUGGCUGGGCUGUAUCAUGGAGGACACAGGGUACUACCUCCCACGGAAGUUCUCCCGCUGCAGCAUCGAUGAGUACAACCAGUUCCUGCAGGACGGCGGCGGCAGCUGCCUCUUCAACAAACCCCUGAAGCUCCUGGACCCUCCGGAGUGUGGCAAUGGCUUCGUGGAGGCAGGCGAGGAGUGCGACUGCGGCUCGCUGGCGGAGUGUGCGAGGAGUGGGGGAAACUGCUGCAAGAAGUGCACCCUGACCCACGACGCCAUGUGCAGCGAUGGGCUCUGCUGCAAGGGCUGCAAGUACGAGCCACGUGGUGUGUCCUGCCGGGAGGCUGUGAACGAGUGCGACAUCCCCGAGACCUGCACCGGGGAUUCCAGCCAGUGUCCCCCCAACCUCCACAAGCUGGAUGGAUAUUUCUGUGAGAACGAGCAGGGACGAUGUUACGGCGGACGCUGCAAAACUCGGGACCGUCAGUGCAACGCGCUGUGGGGCCGCAGCUCGGCCGAGCGCUUCUGCUACGAGAAGCUGAACGUGGAGGGAACGGAGCGGGGGAACUGCGGGCGCGAGGGCCUGGGCUGGCUGCAGUGCAACAAGCAGGACGUCCUGUGCGGCUUCCUCCUCUGCGCCAACAUCUCGGGGUCGCCGCGCCUGGGGGAGCUCAGCGGGGAGAUCGCCACCACCACCUUCUACCACCAGAACCGCUACGUGGACUGCAGGGGCGGCCACGUGCAGCUGGUGGAUGGCUCGGACCUGAGCUACGUGGAGGACGGGACGCCCUGCGGGCCCGGAAUGCUCUGUCUCGACCGCAAAUGCCUUCCAGCCACCGCCUUUAACUUCAGCUCCUGUCCUGGCAGCUGGGACGGGAAGAUCUGCUUCGACCACGGGGUUUGCAGCAACGAGGGGAAGUGCAUCUGCCGGGCGGAGUGGACGGGGAAGGACUGCAGCGUGUACGACCCCAUCCCUGAGCCGAAGCCGACGGGGGAGACGGAGCGAUACAAGGGAACAUCCGCCGAGGAAGGUACGACCCGGCGCAGCAGGGAGUGUAACCGUGUCCCCCCCAUCGUCUCGUCACCGUCCCUGUCACCGUCACCGUCCGGCAGCCUGACGGCGUGGGAGCCCCCGGGCCCGUCUGUCCGUGUGCUGUGUGUCCGGCCGUGCUGUCUCCAUCUCUGUGCCCUCACGGCUGAAGGGGAGCAGCGGCUGGGGGGGCCUGGCAGCCGCCCCCCCCCCGGUGCUGCCUCAUUUCAGCUCAGUGUCCCCCCAUGUGUCACCCCCCUGUCACAGCCCCCCACUAAACGCACCCCACUUCUGUGUUGCAGGUCCGGGGGGGCCUGAGCGGGGCCGCUCUGCCCCACCCCCCCAGCACCUCAUUAACAGCAAUUAAAUGGGGCGGCGCUGCCGAGGCUCCGGCCGAGGAGGAGGGGGGGGCACCCGGGACCGCUCCCCCGCCCCCCCGCACCGCCACGAAUGUACGGGGACCCCCGGGCUGGCGGCACUCGGCACUGGAUGGAUGGAUGGAUGGAUGGAUGGAUGGAUGGAUGGAUGGAUGGAUGGAUGAAUGAAUGAAUGAAUGAAUGAAUGAAUGAAUGAAUGAAUGAAUGAAUGUACCUGCGGGGCCAGCGGGGAGCCCCGGCCCCACAGCCCCCUCUGCCCUCCAGCAGCAUCUUCCAGCCAGGGGCCUGGGACCCCGGAAGGCAGGCCCGUGUAGCCCAGGACAAAGCCAGUGUCCCCAGGACGAGGCCAGUAUAGCCCAGUACCAGGCCAGUGCCCUUUCCCAGUUCAGGGCCUGGAGUCGUGUCUCCCUCACUCCCCUCCCCCCGGUGCCUGGGCUGGGUCCCACGGGGGCCAAGUCCUGUACCCCAGAUGUGCCUCCCUACCCCCCAAAGCAGCUCAGCAGCCCCGUGUGGGGUUUGUCCCCUCAAAUUCCCCAAUCCCCCAUGUCACAGCUGCACCCCCGAGCCAUGGGACCCCGAAGUCACCUGUGGUGGGACAGGCACCCACGGUAACAGCUCUCCCUCAAGACUUCCCCCCCUUCCCCAGCUCAGGCGGGUCAACCCCGAGCUGGUGACACUGGGGCUGGGGGGACCAGGGUGAGCCCUGGGCUGGGGACACCGAGGGCUGCGUGCUGGGUGGCACUUGUGACCCCAGCCCCUAGGGCAGGCUUGUGGCAGCUGUUCCCCCAGACCGGGUGUCCCCCACCCCCAUGGCCGGCUGGGGGGAGGCAUCACUCUCCCUGUAGCACGUGACAAAUGUCACCCUGCAUGGGGUGGCUCUAUAGAGCCACCCAAAUUACAGCACCACGGAGCACUGGGGACCUCACUGGUCCCUUCAACCACUGGUGACACUCAGCAUGGAGGGGGGACAUCCCUGGUGACACUUGGUGACACGAGCCGGCGUGUGUGUGUGUAUAUGUGGGGACACUCCUGGGGACACUCAGCACGGGGACAAUGGGGGAUGAUACCCAUUGUCCCUGGCGGUGUGGGGGUGUCCCCUCUGUGUCCCCUCUUGGCCCAGUGUCCCUGCUCACCACCGGGCCCCUCUGCCAUGGAGACAGAGUGACCAAGGGUGUCCCCAAGCCCAGCCAUGGCCAGAGUGUGUGGUGGUGCCCAGCCUGGUGUGACAGCCCCACUGUGGCUGUGGUGGCACCCCAGGGGACAGGGUGGGAGGUGACAGCAGGACGGGGGUGGAUGGACAUCCCCUGGCUGGGAUUCGGUGGUGGCUUCUUGUGUGACGUGUCAGCACUGGGCUGGGAGAUGUGGGGACCUGGGAGCACCGUGGGCAUCAGGGGUCUGGGAUCCCCCACCAGGGGUCUGGGAUCAACCCCCCAUCUCUAUCACUGUCACCACAGUGUCCCCACAGCUGCCACAGCCACAGUGCUGGGGUGCUCCCCGCGGCAAGGGGACACCGCUGGUUCAGAGCGAGAAGCCACCGUUGUCACUGGCUUUGGGGACAUUAAUUAAUAUAUAUAUAUAUACAUAUAUAUAUAUAUAAAAAUACUGGAAUUUUU